UAGAUGGAAAUUACCUUGUUCUGGAGAAGAUUUUACAGUCGUAAACUUUUCACCGCCCGUUAUCACAAAGCCGUGCGUUGGUUUGUUUACAAAUGUGUUGGGCGGAAAUUUCCGCACAGCAGCAGUGUGCGCUGUCAUUUGGUAAACGUCAACGCGUUGGGACACGAUUGAACGGGCCGUUUGGGUCAUUACAAGCGCGUCCCCCCAUCUGCGACCAGGAGCAGAGAAAAAACGUUAUUUUGCGUUCGGUGUGCGAACAUUGUUUCGGUGGAAGUUAGCGAACUUGUUAGUCAAUUCUGUGCCGCAAAUGGAGGACGGUCUCUUCAAUGCGCUUUGCUCCAAAGCGAAAAAUGGCAAGACCAUUUACCAUUCAUGGCGGGAGCUUUUCCAAGAACGGAAAGAUGAAGCUACGAUGCUGGUUCUGCAACUGUUCAUCGAUAUGACCGGCUUCGGCUACACCGUAGCGGAUACCGAUUUGGCUCUGCUGAUGGAAGAUGAUCCUCACCCACUUGACAAUAAUAUAACCACUUCCUCCUUCCAGUCCCAAGAUUUCUUCCAGAACGGGACAUUUGUAGCCAAUUUUAGCAUGUUCUGGCAGCACGCAAUCGUCCACCAGUGGAAAGAACUCCUCAGUGGAAACGAUUGGUUCAACAAGUGCGUCAUGCUGGUCAUGUUGCUGUGCCGGAGCAAGACCGAUGAAUGCGCAAUGGUUGGAUCGUUCAUCUGCGCCGACCUGGUGCCGCAUCUGUGUGCUGCGCACCACAACCUGCUGAACGAUAUGGAACGUGCGGCGAGCUGGCAGGGUAAUCAGCGGAAAAGCUCACUCAAGAAGAAGGAGUACUACAUCGACCAGGUCUGUCAGGCACUGAGCACGGAAAUUGGUAACGGAUUUAAGUACGCCAAGCUUUCCGGCCUGCUGAUGGAAAAACUGUGCGAAGCGUUUGUAACGUACCCGGACUUGCUGAUACUCACGCACGGACAGCUGGAGCUGCUCGGGGCUGGCCUGCGGUGGAAGCAGAGGCAGAGCGUACAGCUAGCGCUGAAGUGUAUGAAGCAACUGAUGAGUGAUUCUUUUAGUAGCGACAUUAACAAUGCCGCUGGGAUAUUCAUUCUCAAGAUGGAAAAUCAGCUGACGCGUAUAAUGGACUCGUACAAAAGCUCGGAAACGGCCAUCCUGCACCUUUUUCUCGAAGCUCUAAACACGGUAGGCAACAUACCCCUGUGCGAGGAAACGGCAGAAAAGAUAAUCCACAAAAUGUUCAAUCCAGAUGAAGCGGUAGUGAAUGCAGCGAUCGAUCUUCAUGGCAUGUACCACGCAGCGAUUCACCCAUCGGCAGAGGUGGAAAUGAAUGCCCUGAUCGCGAUACUGGACGUGUACGAACGGUACGCAUAUCCGCUAGCGUCCUUCGAGGCGGUCAUUAAAAAGCUCUGGAUCAAGGGAUUCUUCCGCAAGUUGGAUGAACUGUUCCAAAUGCUGCUGGACGCUAUGGAUACGCCUGCAAAUGCGGGUUUUAUCGCGAGCUGUAUAGCCCACACAAUUUGCUACUGCCAUCGGUUGCUGAUGGAGGACAUCCGGAUGAAGAUUUCCCCCUCGUCCGAUAACGUCAACUGGAGCUUCAUGCGGAAGCGCAUGCAGAGCUUCGUGGCCAAUUAUCCAAAGUGUUUGAAUGCUGCCUCCCGUACACCGAACAUUUACAAUUUACUGCUAAACUGCAUGAGUCCAGCAAACAACGAGCUGUACCGCUUCGCCGAAGUUGACUGUGAAGCGUACCACGAGGAGGUUUUGUUUAACAUUCUCUCGAAAGUGGCGCUGGAUGAAUGUUCCUACCCUGUGCUGUUCCAAACGCUGACCACCAUCUACAGCUUCGACACGAUUGCUCACAUUUCGGAAGACGUUUGGAACGAGCUGACGGAAAAGUAUUACACGCUCUUUUUUCAUACGCGCAGCCGCUUGAGAAGCUACAAUUUGGGUAUCGACAAAAAGCUUAUGGAAUCGUACAGUAACGCCAUCACGCGGCUCUGCGUGCUGAUCGAAAUCAACAACACGUCCGAGCACGUGUUCACGCUUGCGGAGUACUUGGCAAACGAUUUGCGCCUCCUGCCAAAAAUGAAUCUGUCCGACGAAUCGAUCGGUAUUUUUUACCGGCUUUACAAAAAUGCACUUUACGCUGUCGUGCAGUGCUGCCUGGCGGCACUACCUAGCGACAAUCCGACAGCAGGCAUUAAGUACGACCAGCUCGGUAAACGUGUGCAAGCGUUCAUGGGCGUGCUGGUUGAACAGUUAGACGGUGGCCAACAAUCACCGUUCACCGUCAGCAGCCACGUGGCCAAUGCGCUGUGCAACAUGCUCAUACUGACACAGGAAACCGCCGAUCCGAGCCAGCAGACGGGCUCGAUCAAACAGCACAUGAUGUAUCGUGUCGAGCCGGAAGUGUUGGCAAAGCUUUCGGCAUACAUCGAGCAGCACGUGUUUGGAGGCGGUGUGGAAUCAGAUGCGGAAAGCAGUUGCUUGUUGGCGCAAAAGCUAAUGCUUGCCACGUACAAUGACGUUUAUCGAUUGCAUCUGGCACUACCCCGGCAGUCGGACACGUGUGCCAUCGUAAAAUAUUAUGGAGAAAAUGCGCUUUUUGCAGACGAGCUGGAACAACUGCUGAGCAUUGUGUAUGGCAAAGAUCCAAAAGAGUUCUUUAGCUUGGUCGCCCACGUGGUCAUGGAUUAUUGUAAAAAGACGAAUAUAAAUGCCAAAGUGAAGAAAUUCUUGUCCAAUUUGAAGCAAUUUGCAAAGAAAUGCUUAGCACAUGAGAACGAGGAAGAGUAUCUGACUAAUAUCAUUCAGAGCGUUAUUGGUCAGAGUCUGGAGCAAGUUUUCACGAUUAACGGCGUUGCUUUAAAUGUGAUUGAAAAAUUGUUCACCAUUAUGAAACCGUUGGUCGCGCCACUGCCUUUGGAAAACCGGAAAGCAAUCAAUCUGUUCAUUCGACAGCAUCCCAACUUUGCUUCCUACAUGGAAGAUGAAAAUUCAGAAUUACGUACCAUUUUGAAAAGUUUUUUGAAAAUGUUAAAGAAAUAGGAAUGUUUUGUUAAAUUCUAUCUUCAUCCUUCACUUUAAUGUUUUUUUUUUUGCUUUCACAAAUUAUUUAUCGCUGCUCAUUUUGAAUUUGUUCGUAAUUAAACGUAAAUUAGUUAACAACUUUAAAAAGGUGCAGUUUUUCUAGAAUGUGCAAAAUUCUCAUGAAAUUGUUCGAUGUGCUCUUUGAUGCUUUGUGGACUACGUUGAGAAAAAAAAUAAAACUGAUUAAAAAAUGGUUAUGAAAAAAAA